AUGGCCAGGAGCCUGGAAUUGAACAUACCUGUAAGCGAAACUCUGAAAAAUAUAAUAAUUUCUUCUUUGAAUGUCAUUCCAGAGCCCAAUAUCAGGCUGGUAGGCGGCAGCGAUCGUUGUUCCGGGAGAGUGGAGGUGUGGCACAGUGCACAGUGGGGAACGGUAUGCGACGAUGGAUGGGGCACUGACGACGCCAAGGUUGUCUGCAGUCAGUUGGGUUGUCCCCCUGCCGCAGUAGCAAUACAGGGGGCACACUUCGGGCAAGGCAGCGGGAAUAUCUGGAUGGAUGAUGUUGCGUGCAAUGGAAAGGAAUCCACCCUUGAGGAAUGUUCCUUUGGAGGGUGGGGCAUUCAUAACUGCAAUCACGGAGAGGAUGCGGGAGUGAAUUGUACAGAAGUGCCCGAAAUAAGGCUGGUAGGCGGCAGCGAUUGUUGUUCAGGGAGAGUGGAGGUGCGGUACAAUGCACAGUGGGGAACGAUAUGCGACGAUGGAUGGGGCACUGAAGACGCCAAGGUUGUCUGCAAUGAGUUGGGUUGUCCCUCUGCUGCAGCAGCAAUACCGGGAGCACACUUCGGGCAAGGCAGCGGGAAUAUCUGGAUGGAUGAUGUUGCGUGCAAUGGAAAGGAAUCCGCCCUUUGGGAAUGUUCCUUCCGAGGAUGGGGGAGUCAUAACUGCGGUCACAGAGAGGAUGCAGGAGUGAUUUGUUCAGAAGAGACAGACAAGUUGGCAGUCACCUUCUUCGUUACAGAUGACCCCAGCCUGCCAGAGGGUGGAGCUGAGUUGAAGACCCAGGAGAGAAGUAUAGCUUACUAUGACACCACAUCACCGAGUGUUCAGUUUCACUUGUCUGGCUUAGACCCAUUCCGUUUACCUAUGGAUAAGCUAUUAGCAGGAAAUGUGCUCGCAUGGGUAAAGUACCUGAUGAGCGGGGCGAUGUUAUUAACCAACAACUCUCUUCCCCCAAAUGAAAUCGGUGAGCUCUAUCUGUACUCAGAGAAACCAGCUGUCUUCGGGGAGGUAAACACUUUGACCUGUUUCGUCAGCGGCUUUUUCCCACCGGCCGUAAUUGUAACGUUGCAGAAGAACAAGAAGCCUGUCAAUGGCGAAGUUAACUCCUCACACCUCUCAUUUGGCAAAGAUUGGCGAUUUCAAGUGCUCCACUACACAUACAUCCAGCCAGCAAACGGUGACGUAUACUCUUGUAGAGUGCUCCAUAACAUCAGCAAAGAGGAAAAAGUAGUUUACUGGGAACCAGAAGAACAAAGUCGUGCUGAAGGACUGGAUACAAGCCAGAUUGCUGUUUUGAUCUGUGGGCUGAUUAUAGGAAUACUUGGCACAGCAGCUGGAUUCUACUUAUGUUUUUCGUUGCUACUGUCUGGCUGGAGCUCUUUGAUAAUUCGGAUCAAUACUCCUUCUCAAUGAAAAAAUAAUCCCUGCAUUAUUUCCCAGUGGUCUGUACCUUGCUUUGUCGCAGUUUUGUGCACUCAGAUUUGUAAUGCAUCAUUCUCUUCCAUCUUAGGGUAUUGACUUCAAAUUCCGCUUUCGAAUUUUGGUAUCUUUUAUUUCAUCUGUCAGUCGUCCAUUUUAAUGCACCGUCUGCUAAAUGCAGCAGCAAUCUCCUUCAGACAGAUAAGAUCACAGGUAGGUCGGGUCCAAAAAUGAAUGGCACAUUCACCUUCAUAAAUCAAAGUAUUGAGUACAGGAGUUGGGAUGUUAUGGUGAAGUUGCACAAGACAUUGGUGAAGCUUAAUUUGGAGUAUUGUGUUCAGUUCUGAUCACCAACCUACAGGAAAGAUAUCGAUAAAACUGAAAGAACGCAAAGAAAAUUCACAAGGACGUUGCUGGAAGUUGCAGACCUGAAUUAGAAGGAAAAGUUGAAUAGGUGAAGACCAUAUUCCCUAGAGCAUAGGAGACCAAAGGAGUUUUGAGAGAGGUGUAUAAAAUUAUGUUGGGUGUAGAUGAGAUAAUUGCAAGCAGGCCUUUUCCACUGAGAACUAGAGGUCAUGGCUUAAGGGUGGAAGUGAAAUGUUUAAGGUAAAGCUUUUCACACAGUGGGUGGUGAGAAUGUGGACAGAACAAGCUGCCAAGGGAAAUGGUGGAUGAUAGUUUGGUUUCAGCAUUUAAGAGAAAUUUGGAUAAAUAUGGGUGGGAGGGGUAUGGAGGGCUAUGGACCAGGUGUGGUUCGAUGGGACUAGA